ACUGGUUUGGAUUCACUCCACUUUCUCAUCACUCACGGUGCAGCCGCGCGACCUGCUCCGUGCCGGACCGCGCGAGGACCGAAACUGGACCAAAGGGGACCGGACCAAUCCUGCGUUACUAGCAGCUUCAACUCUUUUACCACUUUUUUUUUUUUUUAGAAAGUGUGUGGGGAGAGACACGGGUAAGAUUUUUUUUUCUUUUUCUUUCGUCCCGGUGCUCCGUCCACAUCCAGCACCUCCACCCUAACUCCCUCUUCAUCCCGCAGACAGCGUGCCACCAGCGGAGGAUGCAGCCGCUUCCCUCCGGCCGCCGGUGACGCUUUCAGGGGUCCGUCAGUGAGUCCGGCCAAGCCUCCGGAGAGCGCUGGUCACGACUGACAGAAACUGAGAGAAACUGGAGGAAUAACUACAGCCGUGACUGGAUUGUUUGAUUCGUCUCUGAAUCUUUUUUUUUUUUUUUUUUUUUUUUUUUUUUUUUUUUUUUUUUUUUUUUUUUUUUUUGCUAAAACCUUUGGGAUUUUUUUUAAUAAAACAAUUUUUUGUCCUGGAGCGUCUGCGUCUGGAUACCGCGGAGGAGCGAGAGCCUGUAGCCGGCGUUGGAGCGCCCAGACCUGGGUCUUUAACUCGAUCCAGAUUGAUGUUGUCCGGCAGAGACAUGGUGAUCCUGAGGUGGGAGCUACGGUCCCUCCUGGCCAUCAUCCUGAUGGUCUCCUGCAAUGCUGUGCCUACUGAAAUUCUAUAUCGGGUUAAUGAGGAACAGCCACCCAACACGUUGAUUGGCAGCCUGGCGGCAGACCAAGGCCUUCCGGACACUGGACAUCUGUACAAGCUGGAGGUUGGCACCACUUACCUGAGGGUGGACGGCAAAACUGGGGACAUCUACACCACAGAGAUUCCUAUUGACCGUGAGACACUGAGUGACUGCCAAAACCAGCUUGACGAAAAAUGCUACCUGGAAUUUGAGGUGUCCAUCACAGACAUGGUGAAAGGGAUUGGCUCAGGGCCGCGGCUGAUCGAAGGUCGCAUUGAAGUGCUGGAUAUGAAUGACAACACGCCGCAGUUCUCUUCACCCAUCCUCUCCCUAGCAAUUCCAGAAAAUACACACAUCGGUGCACUCUUCUCCAUCCCAAUGGCCACAGACAAGGACUCUGGUUCCAACGGUGUGGCUGAGUACUCUCUGAGUUCUGGACUUGAUGCUGACCAACUCUUCAGCCUGCAGGUCGCUUUGGACACGGACGAGAAGCAGCCACAGCUGGUUGUCAUGGGUAACCUGGAUCGUGAGAAGAAAGACUCGUACGAUCUGAAUAUUCGGGUUGUAGAUGGAGGGGAUCCACCAAGGGCGAGCAGUGCUUUGCUGCGAGUCACCGUGACCGAUCAGAAUGACAACGCUCCGAAAUUUGAGAGAAAUCACUACGAGGCCGAACUGCCAGAGAACAGCCCAGUGGGACACUCCGUUUUACAGGUUCGAGCCAAUGACGCAGACACUGGUGCCAAUGCAGAGAUAGAUUACAUCCUACAUCAAGCAACCGAGAAUGUACAGAGGCUUCUGCGCAUUGACCACUCCACUGGCAUCAUUUACGUCAAAGCCCUGGUAGACAGAGAAGAAACUAAUUUUCUCAAGUUCUUUGUGGUUGCCAGAGACCGCGGGCCUAAUUCCAAGAGUUCCAAAGUCCUAGUGACCAUCAUUGUCAAGGACCAAAAUGACAACGCACCAGCGAUAGAGAUUCGUGGUAUUGGGUUGGUCAUUCACCAGGACAGUGUGGCAAACAUCUCUGAGGACAUGCCGAUAGGUACCCCAGUAGCACUAGUCCAAGUGUCUGACCGUGACGAGGGAGAAAACGCUGUGGUGACAUGUGUGGUUGCAGGUGACGUCCCAUUUCAACUCCGACCUGCUAGCGAGUCAGCCAAUGAUCGAAAGAGAAAAUACUUCCUGCAGACAACUACUCUGCUGGACUAUGAGCGAAUUAAAGAUUACCGAAUUGAAAUAGUUGCUGUGGAUUCUGGUAACCCAGCUCUGUCAAGCACCAAUUCUCUUAAGGUCCAGGUCACAGACGUGAAUGACAACACGCCAUCAUUUUCUCCAUCUUUGCUUGAAGUAUUCUUUCCUGAGGGCAACCAGCCAAAUGACAGAGUGCUAGAUAUUUUGGCCACAGAUGCAGAUAGUGGUAUAAAUGCAGAAAUGAUUUAUAGCAUCAUUGAGCCCUCAGCUAACAGGCUUUUUGAGGUCGAUCCCAACACGGGAGAGGUUCGUGUGAAAUACACAUUGGAUCGAGAGGACGUCGAGCGCUAUGAGUUCCAUAUCGCUGCAGCCGACAAGGGCCUUCCGAGUAAAACUGGAACUGCUACGGUGGUUAUAAAUGUUCUAGACCGCAAUGACAAUGAACCCAAAUUCAUGUUAAACGGAUACAGUUUUUCUGUAAUUGAAAACAUGCUCCCACUAAAUCCGGUUGGUGUUGUGACUGUGACUGAUGCUGAUAAGGGGGAGAACUCAAGAGUGACACUGUUUGUAGAUCCAGAUAAUGCCAACUUUGUGAUUCAAAAUGGCACAGGAACGAUCCUGUCAAGCAUUUCUUUUGACCGUGAAAAGGAAAGCACCUACACCUUCCGUCUGAAGGCUGUGGAUGGUGGUGAACCACCUCGAUCUUCCUACGUUGGUGUGACCAUCAACGUCCUGGAUGAGAAUGAUAAUGCCCCCUAUGUCACCAGACCAUCCAACUCCUCCUACACUUACCUGACACCUGUCACACCUCCAGAAACAAGAGUGGAAGUGGUUGAGGCUGAGGACAUUGAUGCUGGGCUCAAUGCAGAGCUGUUUUAUUCAAUCACCGGAGGAAACCCUUAUGGCCUUUUUCAAAUCUCGUCCACCAGUGGGGAAAUCACACUGGCACAAGCAUUCUCUGGCAAGCACAAUGGGCUUCACCGGCUUGUCGUGAGGGUCAGUGAUCGAGGCAAACCUGCUCGCCACACCACAGCCUUAGUUCACGUGUUUGUAAAUGAAACCAAAUCCAAUGUGUCCCUCAUUGAGGCACUUGUGGGUCACAGUCUUUACACACCUCUGGACAGAGACAUAGCAGGAGACCCUAACUACGCCUACAGUCAGCAAACCAACAUUUUAUAUGCUGUCCUUGCAGGUGUUGCUGUCGUUAUUUUGGUCAUUGUAGCUGUAGUGGUCAUCAGACACCAUCUGCAGAAAGAUACUAAAAGCGGUUACCAAGCUGGUAAAAAGGAGAGCAAAGAUCUUUAUGCUCCCAAGCAGGGACCCAAAAAUGGCAAAGGAAAAAAGAGCAAAAAGCCCAGAGCUCCAAAACCCACCAAACCACUGGAAGAGGAUGAGGAGGCGAGUCUGCAGAAAGGUCUGAAGUUCAACCUUAUUAAUGACGUUAAUGACAGUCCCAGAAUCCAUCUGCCCCUUAACUAUCCACCAGGAAGCCCCGACCUGGGCCGUCACUAUAGGUCCAACUCUCCUUUGCCAUCUAUCCAGCUGCAACCACAGUCACCUUCUGCCUCCAAGAAACACCAGGCUGUUCAGGACCUCCCUGCAACCAACACCUUCGUAGGGACGGGCGACAACAACUCCACGGGCUCGGAUCAAUAUUCGGAUUACAGCUACAAGGCCAACCCGCCCAAAUACAACAACAAACAGCUGCCCCACCGCCGAGUAACCUUCUCCACCUCCAAUCAGGCCCAGGAUCUGCAGGAUGCGUCCCAGCACAGCUACUACGACAGUGGCCUGGAGGAGUCGGAGACCCCCAGCUCCAAGUCGUCAUCGGGCCCCCGGAUCGGACCACUAGCUCUGCCAGAAGACCACUACGAGAGGACCACACCUGACGGCAGCAUCGGCGAGAUGGAACACCCGGAGAACGACCUCAGGCCCCUUCCAGACGUGGCAAUGACCGGUAACUGCACACGUGAGUGCACCGAGUUUGGCCACUCUGACUCCUGCUGGAUGCCCGGCCAGCCUUCCCCCAACCGUAAGGUCUCCAAGAAUGCCCCCAAGCUCUCCACCUUCGUGCCUUACCAGGAAAUGGACGGACAGGAGCAUCUGAUGGCCAACGGCAGCCCGAAGCCCAUGGUGACGGAGGAACGUGGGACGGGUGGUGGCGCUGGUGGCAGCAGCUCCAAAGUGGCCAGCAUGAGGUUCAUGACCCCAUAUAGCAGUGCCUACCCGGGGAGCGGAGACUCAUCUGGCAAAGACUGUGGCCUCGAGGAGAUCCCACUGAGCCAGGCAGCGGAGUACCACUCUGCUACCACCCCCACUGGCCAGACCUCCAAGAGAGAGAUCUACCUGUGAGGGUCAAGCUCUCAACUUUAAAUCCCCCAAUGAUCCACGUUGCCGCUCACCGCCUCACCUCCGACCUCCUCACAGCCACCCCCUGUGCCUACAACUCGCUGUGCCGCAGCACGACUCACCCUUCUUCCUUUUUACAACUGCAUCACCGAACAAGGCUUUAGAACACCCCCGCCCCGUCUUACUGCCGCCACCGCUGACACUCCCCUCUAGAAACCAAUCAAAUGUAAGAAUAGACACAUGAGAAUGGAAGAAAAUUCAGUUUUAGCUGCUGUGGAUGGAAUGUAAACAAUGCCACAUAGUUGUGAUGAUUUCAUGGGAAACUAUUUAGCUCUUCACGUAUUUGAGUAAAAUUUUUGUGUGUGGCAUUACGCUUUGUCGCUGUGUCGGAACAGAAAAAGAACAAGAACUUCACGGGGGGCUAGGGAAGAACUUCUUGUAAAUCCUACUUAAGUAUACUGUGUAAUCUUAUCUAUCCUCAACUUUUUUUAUUUUAUUUACUUUGUCUUUGUUGACUUUGGAGGCCGUAGGAAUCGCAUUUUUUAGUCAAGUUGAAUUCAAUCAACGGAAACGGCUCAUUGAAAAGACGUUUGCAGAAGCGCAGCUGUUUCACAAUCACCGGAGUUGUAUCUUAGUUUUUUGGCAGAACAGAUCCUUUUUUCAGUGUACAGAGCUGUAAAUAUUACAAACAGUGACAGAGGAAACUGCUGUGGCUCUCAGUGUGGAUCUGUGGCUGUUGUGCUGUCUGCAGAUCUUCACGUAUCGUCCCUUUGAUGGACUGAAAAUCUGGGCGCACACAGGGUAACAACAUCGCAGCAUUCAGUGUCACACUGCAGGAAUCUGGACUCUUGAGCAUCACCGACGGUGCCAAGUUACAACCACAAGACUUUUUGUUGUUUAAGUGUUUUAGUUUUUUUUUUUUUUUUUUUUUUUUUUUUCCGUUUUUAUCUCUGCAGCUUCUCAACACUGCUUCUGUGGGGAAGUGCAUCAUUUUGUUUUAUCAAAAGGAAGCUGACUCAGAGGAUUAUAACCUCAUGUUGUUCUCAGUGGUUCACCAUAUUAUGGUAAAAUGGACUUGUUUAACAGCUAAAUAUAAACACACAAUCUUCAACAUGUGUUACAUUCCCAUUUCAUGUUUACUGAUGAGAACCAAAAAAAAAAAAAAAAAAAAAAAGGUUUUGUGAUAGAAAGUUCUGUUGCCACCAGAACACAGUGUUCAUGUUUCAGAACAAAGAACGACAAUACAGACAUUGUAAAAAAAAUAAUUACAGCCUUCUUUGGUUCUAUGGGGUUUUAUGCCUGAGGAUGUAUUAAAAAUGAUCUGGUGUUUAUAGGUUCUAAAAUUAUUUAAAUCUAAACCUCAAAUUAAGGAAUGCCCACAACAAACUCCACAUUAUUUGUAAUUUUCAAAACUAAAACAAAGUAAUGUCAAAUAGAAACACCAUACAGCUAAACACACCAUCAGUGUGGAGUUUAAUCUCGAAAGCAGAAACAAGCUGCUGCUGGGGAGACGCUCCUAAAAAAACUAAAAGCUGUAGUUUGGGUAGUUUUCUGUCAUGAUAUGUGUAUGUUUUAACGCCAUGCCAAGUCAGAAAGACAACCUUAGUGAUCUCAGAGAACCGAUUGUUGCUCAACUUCAGUCUGGGAAGGGUAAUACGAUAAUUUCAUAAUCUCAUACCAAUUUGAAAUCUAUCCUUCUACCUAGGUAGAUGAAUAUUAUUCUGUAAUCGAAAGAAUUUACUUCCAGGAUACUGAUGGAGUAUUGACAAAAUGUGUACAUUGGUUUUACCUAUGCUGUGUUAUUCUCAGUACAUCAGUUGGCUUUUUAUGCAGAAAAUUCUUUCCAGUUCUCACGUGUUUUGAUUUUCUCAAGGUAUAAAAUUCCAAAAUGGAAGCCACUUGUGGUUAAACCCAACUGAGCUGCAGGAAAUAUGUGGGGUCUUGGCAUUUUCUUUAUUUCUAAUACCUACAAUUUAAAGUUGAAAUGUCCCAUUAUAAAAGAUUGAAUAAAAACAAAAACAUCAUAAAGGUCCAUCCUGUAGGGAGCAGAUGUGAAGUCGAAAAUCCUCUCUGCAUGUACUUUCAGCACAGCAUUGGUGUAAUAAAAAUUACACAGAUUUUCAGUCAAACCUCAGUGAUGAUCAAGUUAUGCUCCAGUUUUGGUACAAACACAAACAAACAAACAAAAAACACACACAAAAAGAAAAAGCGGAGUAUUUAUCAGAAAGUCCGGCUGGUCUCAGAUGGCGUCAGUCGUUCCGCUGCUCCUGCAGCUAGAAUAUGUUAAGCACAGUGUUCAUGAAGACUGUUUUGUUUGUUUCUGCAGCAGCUGUUUCCUGUUGAUACUGUCCACUGCAGCUGUCCUCACUCCUGAGUGUUUGACUUUAGAGAACGUCUCCCUGCUGCGUUUGUUAACUCGAAAGAAGAGCCCUUGGGUCAUUGUCGCCGCUCGUUAGUUUCCAAUUCUUUCCCACCUCUGCGUGAGGCCGAGUUGCUCCAUGUUUAGCAGGAGUAUUUAUUAAGCCAGUUUGCUGUGUGAGGUGGGAGGGGGGUGCAGCCGGGGAAUGUGGCAGACAGUUGUUGUUGCGCUCCGGCCACACAGAAAUACAGGAUUAAUGAUGUCUGAAUGGGCUUUCGUCCACGAACACUCCCACUCCCCCACACAUGGAGCUCAGCGGAGAACGUCUAAUUACAACCUGAGGCUCUGCAUAUCACCAGUGAUAAUUUGCGUGAGGAAAAGGGAGUUGGUGUGGAGGUUCAGUCAUUUCAGGUCUUGUUCUCGUGGCUGCUGAAAAUGAUCUGAGAUUUCACCUGAACGGACGGAGACCAGCAGACGAGGAUGAAAAGAGGAUAUUGAUUAGCCUGCUCUCUGAGAUAGUUUAGCUUUUAAAAUUAAAUACACUGAGUCAAGUGCUGACAUUUUCAAAGUACACACCUUCUUUUGCAGACACAAACAAAAUGAAGUAAAUAAAAACAUUUAUAUCUUAGAAAAAUCCUAGAGUUUAAUAAACUUAAAAUGCACAGCGAUGCAUUUUGUACCAUUUAAGUUAAACAUGCCUGUUUAUCAUAUCCACAAGGUGAGAUCGAUGUCUUUCUCGAGUGAACAGGAGUGUAACUGACUCAUUAGUUUGGUUUCUUUGCACUCAGCACUUCCAGCCUUCACAGUCAGAGCACCACACCAAAGCAACAUAAACAAGCUGAAAGUCUUUGCAAGUAAACUGAUUACAAAUUAGGGUCAUCAGCUGGGUCAGGCAGGGUUAAUGUCUCGUUUCAUGAGGCAAGCAGCUUGAUGGAGCAUUGCAGAUUGCUUCUCUCUAGCUCUGUGUUUUUAUCUCCAAUGUAAAAUCAUCCGUUGCAUAUCAGACAGCUAAUUGCUUUGUGUUGUGCUUUAUAUUUGGCUCAACUUGAGGUAAAGCUUGACGUGUGGGCUCUUCUGCAGCUCUUCUCAUGAUCCAGCCUCUGAAUGAAGUUUGAUUUAUUCUCGACAUAUCUGCCCGUUCAGUAAAUAUGCUCAUACAAUGACACGCAUACAUCAGCCGUCAUUCAGCUGCCGCUCAGCCCUGCCCGCUGAAGAGAUUUAGAGCUCAUGAUCGCUGCAUGCUCCUGCGGUGAUUUAACGCCCGAGCUCAACUGUCUGAUUGAUUAUUUACAGGCGUUUCGUGGCGGUCCACCUUCGCUCUCUGCUUCCGGCUCCUCUGCUGUGUCCACCGGCUGCUUGGGUGCGUGGUCAGAGUCCCGGUUGGCCUGUGUUGUGCUGAGUGCGGUGUGUGGUGGAAGGAUGCAGAAAAAAGGUCUAGAGGUCUUGUAGCGUCAGCUUAGUCUCAACCUUUUGGCACCAAUUAACCCCGGAAGAAAACAACCACCCUCUGGUAACCUCUGGCGAUCUUUGGCGAACUCUGCGAUGUUAGUUUUACCUCAAAAGCAAACAGUGCUUUGGUGUUUGUGUGCGUACUCACUAAGAGAUUAGUUUGCUUAUUAUAGACAUGAAUAGGUUUAACACUUUUUAGUACAGAUAAACUUAAUUAAGCCUAGAUAAAACAUUUUGGCUGGGACUCAUUAAGUUCUUCCAAGCUGGUAGAAUGAAGUCAGUUCCCUCCUUUAUGUACAUUAGAUAUGCAUUAUUAUCAACUCAAUCAGUCUGAUUGGCAUCAUCAGAGGGAUUGAUCCAAUCAGUCUUCCUCCUAAUUUUUCAAUUCAUAAGAGAUUGGACAUAAAUGAGCUAAAACGCAAAAAAAAAAAA